AUGACCCAACAUUCCCUGAGAGAGGAGUACUGGUGGGUGCACGAGGCAGGCCUCAAGGAGAGGUAUGGCAUGGUGCUGGCCCUACAGAUUCUGAAGAGACACGUUGAUCAGAUCAGUAGGCGGGAGCUCAGCGAGAUUUCUGAACUAGAUCUCAGUAUAUCCAAGGAUGUGGGUUUCCCAUCCCCUGUGGAGCCAGAACAAGUGCAGUCCCCUGAGGUCAGUGUCUCUGACUCUCCAACAACCCCUGUGGAUGGCUUUGAGAGUGGCCCACAUAAGCUGGAGAAGAAAAUCCCGGCCUACGACCCGGACCUGCCCGAGCCCACCUGCAGAGCUGAUCUCGUUGAACACUGGAUCAGCCUCACCCUGGACGACAAGACGGCCAAUAAGAUGCUGUGGAUCACAGAGGGCGGAGCCAAGGUGGCACGCAUGACGGAUGACGUCAUGUGCCCCGUACUGGACAGACCAGAGCGAUAUGAGCACGCUCCACAGGUGCUCUGCAGGGAGGGCAUCCUGGGCUUCCGAGCGUACUGGGAGGUGGAGUAUUCGGGCUGGGUGGUGUUGGGCGCCGCCUACGAAGGAGCGGGACGGAGGAACGGCGACGGACCCUGCGGCCUGGGGGAGAACGAGGAGUCCUGGGGGUUUGGCUGGGGCGGCUCCUGCUACCACGCCUGGCACAACGGCCGGAGCACGGAGUUCACAGACCUGCCCAGGAGCCCUGUUCUGGGUGUGUACCUGGACCAGCCCGGUGGCAUCCUCAACUUCUACGCCGUGGAGGAGGCGAAGGAGGGAGGCCGUGAGGGCGCGGGGAGGAAGGAGGUUCGACUCCUCCAGCAAGUUAAAGGCUCCUUCCGGCAGAAGAUGUUGCCGGGUUUCUGGGUGGGUACGCAGUCGUCCGUGCUGAUGGUUCAAAAGGAGGAGUGA